AUGCCACUUGGAUUAGAUACACUAGAUUUCGCCGUGCUGUGCGCUCUAGCCUUGGCUGUUUCAGCCUACCUAGGAAGGGAUACGCUCAAGCAGCUGUUCGCGUCCAAUGACGAGUCCAUUCGUGUGAACUCGGACUCCAGGGAUAUCGUGCAAACUCUAAAGGACAACAAUAAGAAUUACCUGGUUCUCUAUGGUUCGCAGACAGGUACCGCCGAAGACUACGCUAAGAAAUUUGCAAAAGAGCUCGCAGCGAAGUUCUCUCUCAGAGUUAUGUGCGCUGAUGUCGAGAAAUACGACCUUCACGACCUGAACGAGCUUCCGGAGGGCGUGGUGGUCUCCUUCUUCAUUUCCACUUAUGGCGAGGGUGACUUCCCAGACGGAGCAGUGCCAUUUGAAGACUUCCUAAACAGUCUAAACAGCGAUGAUCUAAACAACCUUAGAUACACGCUUUUCGGACUAGGAAACUCGACCUACGAGUUUUUCAACGGCGCUGGAAAGAAGACGCACAAGUUGUUGAGCGAAGCCGGCGCUACAAUCUUGGGUAAGUAUGGUGAAGCAGACGAUGGUGCAGGCACCACGGACGAGGACUACUUGGGAUGGGCGGACUCGUUGCUAGAAAUUUUGAAGACAGAGCUCAGCCUUGAUGAGCAUGAGCAAAAGUUCGAGCCUAGCUUUCAUUACUCUGUUUUGGAAAGUGGUGUCACCGACAAAGUUUCAUUGGGUGAACCUACCACUCAAUAUUUGCCUGACGGAGAGUUGACUUUCAGUCCCGACGGAAGGCAGACUGGGCCUUUCGAUCCAUCUUAUCCAUUUGUGGCUCCAAUCGUGAAGAGUAAAGAGUUAUUCAACUCGGACGAUCGUAACUGCAUCCACGCUGAGUUUGACAUCUCAGGCUCUAAUUUGAAGUAUUCUACUGGUGACCAUCUUGCUUUAUGGCCAUCCAACUCUGAUGAGAAGGUUGAGCAAUUUUUGAGCUGCUUUGGUCUGGACUCGAGCGUUGUCUUUGACCUAAAGCCUUUAGAUACCACUGUUGAAGUCCCAUUCCCUGUCCCAACGACAAUUGGAGCUGCUGUUAGGUACUACUUGGAGAUUACCGGCCCAAUUUCAAGACAGUUUUUUAGCUCGUUGGUGCAAUUCGCUCCAAAUGAUAAGCUGAAGGACCGCCUCAACGAGAUUUCGAAAGACAAAGAUGAGUUCGCAAAAUCGAUAACGGCUAAGUAUUUAAACCUUGCCGAUGCUUUACUAUAUCUUUCAGAUGGUGCAAAGUGGAACUCAGUUCCAUGGAACUUUUUAGCGGAGUCUGUUCCUCGUCUACAACCUCGCUACUAUUCUAUCUCUUCUUCUUCUUUGAGUGAGAAGCAAACUAUCAGUGUUACUGCCAUUGUUGAAAACAUGCCAAACCCAUCGUCUGAAAAAGCGGAGCCAGUGACUGGUGUUGCAACAAACCUUUUGAGACAUGUCCAAUUAUCCCAAAACAAUGAAAAUGUCAAAUCUUCCAACUUGCCAGUUCAUUACGACCUUGCAGGUCCUCGCAACUUGUUCAGUUCUCACAAGCUUCCUGUUCAUGUGCGCCGGUCGGCGUUUAGAUUGCCGUCAAACCCUGCUACCCCAGUCAUCAUGAUCGGCCCAGGCACAGGUGUUGCACCUUUCCGUGGUUUUAUCAGAGACCGUGUGAAGUUUGCCGAGCAACAAAGUAACGUCAACUUGGGUAAGCACCUGUUAUUUUACGGCUCAAGAGACCAAAAUGAUUUCUUGUACCAGGAGGAGUGGCCUGAGUACAGUAAAAAACUUGGUGGAAGCUUUGAAUUAAUUGUUGCUCACUCCAGACUACCAGGAAAGCCAAAAUGCUACGUUCAAGACAAAAUAAAAGAAAGGGAUCAAGAAGUCUUUGACCUUAUUUCGAAAAAGGGUGCCUUCAUAUAUGUUUGUGGUGAUGCCAAGGGAAUGGCUCAAGGUGUCCACGCAACCUUGGUUGAUAUCAUUAGCAAGCAUAGUAAUGUUGACAAGGCCGAGGCCACUGAAAUGUUGAAGCUUUUCAAGACGAGCGGUAAGUAUCAAGAAGAUGUUUGGUAA